AUGCCGGGUCCUGGGCCGAAGAAGGAGUGGCGCGGCAGAUCCGAUCCAGACAAAAAACCUCAGGAUGAUGUAAUACGGCUUCGCCACGCCUUCUGUAGAGCCAACGCUGUUGUCCAGGAAGCAGGGAAACUGGCCACAGCACAGUCGACUGCCGGAGACGUCUUCCGCAAUGAGGAAACUGUACAUCAGACUAUCAUGGAGAUUAUUCACGACCCGAUCAGAAAGGACACAGUGACGUCCUCCAACGGCACGCAUGUGGCGCACGGAAAGCAGGCCGAAGGACAGGGCCGGGUGAUGAGGUCAUCGAUCGGCUCGCAGCUUCGCAACCGUGAAACGUGCCGUGGACGGCGUCGACCAAAGACAUGGCUCUGGACCGUCUCUUCUGGUCUGUUAUUGUUGUUCCUAAUGAGGGAAAUAUGGAUGGGCGUCCGUAGAGCUGUGCUGGAUUGCAGCCUCGGGCAGCAAGAGUUUUCACUUGCAGCUUUACAGUCUGGAUUCGAUCACUGCGAGCCGAUCAUUGCUUGA